GCUCGGUUGUAAAUUAAUACAAAUUAUAGCAGUUAUAGUACCCUACUUUGUACAAGGCUUUCGCGAGCCUUUCGUGGAACAACGCGCGCGCGCGCGCGUGUGUGUGUGUGUGUGUGUGUGUGUGUGUGUUGCGAGAUGUAGAUCUCGUUGUUUUCCGAGUCUCGUCAGCAAUCCUGUCGUUGAUUGCAAUUGUAAUGUGAAAUUUCUGCGAAGGACCACACGCAUUGCGUGCGAGUGGAAGAAGACGCGAGUUUGUGGCAAAUCUGAGAAGUUGCCGGUGAUAUGUCAUAUAACAAUUUGUAAAGUUCCUAGUGAAUACAUGGCAACGUCCACGGUGGCGGAUCGUCAUGAAACCGUCGAGAGAACUUCCGCGGAUGUUUCUGAACGUGGUGUUCUUCCCAUGAACGUCUGUCCGCCCAGCAAUUUCCCAGACAAGUUUCAAGACUUCUUUGCGGCGCUGACCGAAGACGGGGACGAUCUACCCAGUAUGCUCGAGGACAAGCUUAUACCGAGAAAGCCAGACGUCAUGAACGUCGACGCGAAGAGUCGACGUUGGAGCAAGAGGGCUUUUCAGAGGCGAAGCAGCGAGGUGGAAGUCCGUCUGCAUCACACUUCACUAUCUGGCUCUCAGGGUCACAGCAGCGUGGACGGACCGAAAUCGCCAACUCCCUCGAGACGCAGAAGCUCCAGCAUCGCGGUUGCCAGACCCACGCCAGACUUGCACAGAUUUCUGCAAGCGGAGGCCGGUCCCUGGGGUCACCUGUCGCCAUCGCCCAGGAGUCCGACCAGGACACCGGCAUUGAGUCCUGGUGCCGCGUCGUCGUCGUCGCAUCUGAGUGCGAGCGCGAGUCCCUGCGGAGGGCACAGCCCGACGAGUCCUUCCGGCCCGGCUGGAGUGGCAUCCGGAAUUCGUGGAGGAGGUCCUAAGCAAUAUCGCAACAGGACGAGCAGCAUGCCGGCAGUUCCACGUCAUAGGCCGAUGCUAGCUGAUACAAAACGCGGGGGUGGCACAGCGGGUGGUGAAGAGGGUGAGACUGAAGACGGCGUGGAGUAUUACAGACUCCGAUCUUUCUCCAUAACGGCAAAUGGGGUCUUCAACUUGGGUGACUCAUUGAAGACACGUCGCAGUAGGAGCAUCAACAGCGUCACCUCCUCCACCAGCUGCAGCAGUACCCGAGAAAGUAGACUACUCAGCUCGGCAUCGCAACUUUCCGGCAUGGAGGCGGAGGACGAAGGCGGCAGCGAGCGAGUAGCGACAUACAAAGUGGGCAUGUUGGGCGCAUCGGAAGUCGGAAAGACCGCUCUGACUGCACAAUUCACCACGAGCGACUACAUCUGCGCUUAUGAUGCCUCUCUCGACGAGGAGUAUGGACAGAAGAACGUAUCCGUGAUGCUUGAUGGUCAGGAAACGGAAUUGGAAAUUAUUGAUCAUCCCGCCGCGGAAAUGUCAGUCGAAACCUUUUGUUCAACUUACAAUCCGGACGUGUACGUGGUAGUAUAUUCAGUGGUAGAUAGAAGAAGCUUAAAGGUGGCCGAGGAGACGCUGCUUUAUUUGUGGAAGAGCGAUUAUAUGGCGACUCAUGGUGUCAUUUUGGUCGGUAAUAAAGUGGAUCUCGAGAGGAAGCGGGAGGUUCCGUCUAUGGUUGGCCGUCGUUUGGCGAAUAGUUGCGGCUGUAAGUUCAUCGAAACCUCAUCAGGUCUAGCCCAUCAUGUGGACGAACUCCUGGUCGGUAUCUUGGCACAGAUCAAGCUGAAUCCGCAGCGCAGUCGAGACCAGGCAAAUAGGCGUCGUCGUAGCAAGCACCGCAGGCGGAUCCUGAAGCAUCUGCUUGGCUUCAAGAGGAAAACCAAAAGCUGCGAGAAUCUCUUUGUUCUCUAACGUUUUCCCCGUACUGGAUUCUAUGCACGACGCAAUGAAGAAAAGUGAUUUUGCCAGAUUAUCGAUCGUUCCUCGAUUCGAGAAUACGUGUGCUAUCUUCACGGAUAGAUGAGGAUCAGACGAUGUAAGCGAUAAAACUUAUUUAAUGUAGAAGAUUGCGAUCGAUAACGAAGUUUAUAGCAUUGUGCAUAUCGAGCAGGUUUUCAGAAUGUCUGGUGCAAAUUCGAAUACAGGGAAAUUCACGCUUGCAAUACGUAUCGCUGAUGAAUGCGUAGAGAAAACUGGAAUUCUGGAUAUUCGCAAUCAUUUGCAGGAAAA